AUGGAGACAUUCUAUAAUGGGCUCAAUGGACCAACAAAGAGCAUGGUCGAUGUAUCAUUUGGAGGAGCCCUAUUAGAAAAAACAUAUACAGAAGCAUAUGCAAUAUUGGAGAGGAUGGCAGUCAACAACUAUCAGUGGCCAGUAGAAAGAUCAAGUUUAACACAAAAAAAGGCUGCUGGAGUUUGGGAAUUGGAUGUUGUAUCAGCGUUAUCAGCACAGAUUUCAGCUCUUAACAACUCUAUUAAGACGUUGAGUCUGUCUGCUGAAGCUAAACCAGUCAAUGCCCUAACUGAUGCUAUAUUAUGUGUUUUCUGUAAUGGUCCCCACAUAUAUGAUAACUGUCCACAAGACCCUCAAUCUGUAUGUUUUAUAGGAAAUUUCAACCGGAACAACAAUCCAUAUUCAAAUACCUAUAAUCCCGGAUGGAGGAAUCACCCGAAUCUUUCCUAUUCACAAGGACAGCAUCAUGGACAUCAGCAAGGACAACAACAAAUGUCCUCAGAUACAGCAGGAAGGUCAUACAAAGCUCUAUACCCUCCUGGAUUCACGCAGCUGCAGCAUCAACCCAGACAGCACACUGAUACAUCAAGUAUGCUGGAAGGCAUGAUGAAAGAUUACAUGACAAGGAGUGAUGCUAUAAUUCAUAAUCAAGCUGCAUCAAUCAAGAAUUUGGAGACUCAAGUAGGUCAAUUGGCAGAAGCACUCAGAAGCAGACCUCAAGGAACCUUGCCAAGCAACACUGAAGUCCUAAAGAAAAAUGGAGCAGAGCAAGUCAAUGCUAUAUCACUGCGGAGUGGUAAGGCUAAAGCAUUGGGCCAGGUUGAAGAAGAGAAAGUUGUUGAAGAGGGGGAAACUAAUGAUCAACCCAAAGAACCUCAAGUUGCUGGCACUGAAAGUAUUGCUACAUCAAAGCCACAGCAAGAUCAGACUGUCAGCAAGGCAACAAGACCACCACCUCCCUUUCCUCAAAGAUUACAGAAGAAAACCGAUGACAAGAAGUACAAGAAAUUCCUUGAUGUCCUCAAACAGUUGCACAUUAAUGUACCCUUGGUUGAAGCCCUUGAGCAAAUGCCAAGUUAUGCAAAAUUCAUGAAGGACAUCUUGGAAAAGAAGAGGAAGCUAGAGGAAUAUGAGACAGUAGCUCUCACCCAAGAAAGUAGUCAAUACUACCUCAACAAGUUACCACCAAAGCUAAAAGAUCCAGGGAGUUUUACUAUUCCUUGUACUAUUGGUAACCAAUCGUAG